CUCGCAUACAUGUAUUCUAUGCAAGUCGUCCACCCAUAUCUUACGUACGGAACUUUAUUUUAGGAUUUUCUAUAACAACACAAUUUCCAAGAUUGAGCCAAGAGCCUUAGACUUUGGUUACCAGAUAUUGGAUCUGAGAGUGAAUAAACUCACUGACGUCUCAACCGUGCACCCGAAAGGUGCAGAAUUAUAUAGACUGUUUCUCGGUCAAAACAAAAUUACAAAGUUCUCACCAGAUAUCCUGGUCGGGAGACGCUCACUUCUUUUCCUGGAUAUAAGCGACAUUGCUCUUGGUAGAAUUACUGUAGACCUGUUCAAGGACCUUUAUCGUCUUCUUUUGCUUAAUGCCGUGCGAGACAAUAUUCACCAUAUUGAGGACUUUGCUUUUCAAGGAAUGAAAGACAUCGCAUACAUAUUUUUGGACGACAACUAUCUGACAAGGAUCUCCAAGAAUACCUUUGCUGGCCCACAAAGGUUAUACACCCUGACUCUUGUAAACAACCCUAUCGAGGUAAUAGAGGAAGGUGCUUUUUCGACAUUUCACUAUCUUGAAACACUGUACCUCGUGGGUUCCAAUGUGCAAAUAAUUGACGUCGGUAGCACGUUCUCGUCGCGUUCUCUCACCAUCGCUCUCUUUGCUGGUAAAAAUCUGCCAGGUGUGGAAGGAGAAGCUAUUACCCGGAGUAUCCUUCGCGCUUCUGGCUAUGAAUGCCCCAGAAAACAAUCAGCCUGGGGAACAUGUUAUCCCUGCACUCAGGGCCAGUACAAAAUCGACGGCUCCUACUAUGAUCAAUGCACCGACUGCCCCCCAGGUGGGUUCUACCAAGAUAGUAUCGCCCAUAUCGGGGUGAUCUCACAUGGCCUGGGCUGCAAACAGUGCCCGGUGGGUGCCUAUGUUAGCCCCGCCCUGGCCCCUGGACGAGUGGAGGGCGACUGCUCAGCUUGCCCGGACGGGACUGAUCUGAAGAAGUUCGCGGGUUUCCGCGCCUGCCCUUGCCUACCGGGCUACUUCCGCCUCGAUCGGUUUGGAGUGUGUAAGCCCUGUCCAUACGGGUACUACUGCUCCAAAGAAUCCGUGAACCUGAUGCCUGGCUUUUACUGGACUUGGCAACAGCCAAACCAUACCCAGGAAUACCAGACAUUUGCCAGCAAGCUCCAAGAGGAGAGCAAACAGCACGACAGGGACUGGGACUCGUUCAAUGGCUCACUUCCGAUGGCUUACCGCUGUCCGUUCACGGGCUCGUGUAAGGGUGAUUUCAACGCGACGUGUUCCCAUGGUUACGAGGGUGUGCUGUGUGCCGCAUGCAGUCGAGGCUAUUACCGGAUGUUCUCUGGCUGCAACAAGUGUCCAACGACACCGCUGGUCAUCACUCAGUUUGUGGGCGUCUUCCUCGUUCUCGCUCUCUUCGCCGUUGUGGUCAUACUCAACAGGAAGAAAUCACGUGACGAGAACCGCUCGCAGACUGAUCAACUUUUCGGUAGCCUGAAGAUCGUUAUUGGGUUCUAUCAGAUUCUGAGUGAAACUUUGAACGCGUACUCGUAUAUUCAGUGGCCCAAAGAGCUCUUGACGAUCAUGAAGUACGCCGAUGUGCUGCAGUUGAACAUCUUCACCAUCGCGCCCAUCGAGUGCAUCAGUGAUAAGCUGAAGGUGGAUCCAUACUCGGGUCUGCUGGGGUACGUCAUGAUGGACUGCGCCGUCAUCUUUACGGCCUUCUUCUACUACAACGUCAGAAAGAUGGUCCUUACAAGAAGAUGCCAUCACGACGCCAAGGACACACUCUUCGAUUGCAAAGCCAACUGCUAUCAAGCUGUGUUCCUUUUUCUGUUCAUCACUUACCCUGCUGCCUGCACCAAGAUCUUCCAAACACUUCCGGCCGGAUGUCAGGAGGUCUGUGAUAACACAGGUGCCUGUAAGUCGUACUUCCGGUCGGAUUACGCAGUGGAGUGUUUCAGUGAGCAGCACAACAAGUUCUUAUACUUUGUUUACGCGUCUUUGAUUAUUCCUCUACUGUUCCCUAUGAUUUGCGCCUUCUUGUUGUGGCAACAUUGCAGCGAGAAACACUACAUCGGUACGUUCGCGGGUCUGAAGAAGAAAAUUAACAAAAUGAGAGGUAAGUCUAGGAGAAUUGCUAUUACAAGCCUGAAAGUGACACCGGGAGAAGACAGCAGCGUUGCUAUGACAAGUCUCAGGGAGAAGACUCGAGAAGACAGGAGCAUUGAUAUUACAAGCCUGAAGGAGACACCGAGAGAAGACAGAGCCAUUGAUAUUAAAAGCCAGAAGGAGACACCGAGAGAAGACAGAGCCAUUGAUAUUAAAAGCCAGAAGAAGACACCGGGAGAAGACAGGAGCAUUGAUAUUACAAGCCUGAAGGAGACACCGAGAGAAGACAGAGCCAUUGAUAAUAAAAGCCUGAAGGAGACACCGAGAGACGACAGAGCCAUUGAUAUUAAAAGCCAGAAGGAGACACCGAGAGAAGACAGAGCCAUUGAUAUUAAAAGCCAGAAGGAGACACCGGGAGAUGAUGCCAUCAAAAAAGGGCUUCGCUUCAUGUACGAGAACUACACCAAGGACUGCUGGUACUGGGAGAUCAUCGAGCUACUGCGGAAGGUCACCUUGACAUCCCUACUUGCCUACUACGGUCAAGAUAACCCCUUUUACCUCGGCACCUCCGCCGUACUGUCCGGUCUCUACGCCGUGUUUUUCGCUAAUCAGAAGCCCAUUCGAUACGUGUUUGAGUAUUGGCUGCACCUCGGAUCACUAGUAGCGGUGAUGGCGACCCAGCUGAUGGGUAUGGUCCUGAGGAUUCCUGGCGAAGACGCGUCCGUGGACCAGGAAGCGGACCAGCUUGGUGUCAUCAUUCUGCUGAUAUUUGCCAAUCUGUUCGUCAUCUUCAUGAUCCUUGUUCGUUACCUGUACAGUAUGUGGGUGAGCCUAAAGGCCGUUCGAGCUAACCCGCAGUGCAGCAUGGGAUGCCUGAUGAACGUGAUGCAAAUCAUAACACAAGGCGAGGAAGAGACGUGCAAAGGACGACGGGAAAUCUCGGAAAAUCAAAACGAGGCUUCAGGGCAAGAAGCUGUCCAAGAAGUACACUAACAGGGUCCAACUCGAAUAAAAGAAAAAGAAAAUCAUGAUAAUUUUCAUUUUUAGAAUUAGAAUAUCCUUGAACAUUGGAUCUUGAGUCUUUUUACUGGGAUAGCCCUUAAUGUGCUAUAAUAGUUACUCGGCAAAAUUGCAUUAUUAAAAUUUCUAGAGCAUACUUAAAUAGGCGGUAAAUCUGCAGAGGCUAACAGAGGAACUAAAAUCAUUUUUGUCUAAAUUUGUGAAAUAUGAUUUGGCGGGCCAAUGUUUAUUGAAAAAUGGAUUCACAGCUGUGUCGACGUUUUAGAAGUUUAAGAUUAAAAUGAAAUUUCAUUUAGGCCACGUACUCCUUAGCCAAAGCAAGCCGUUUAACUGAUUGUAAAUAUACCCAACGGUUUAUCUAAAAUGUCCUUACACUGGAACAUUGUAGGAUUGUGAGUGCAAAAAUGCAGGAUAUAAAAAAUUAGAAAGUGCGAACUUUAA